UUAAAAUGGUAGAGUUUGAUGGUCAUCCUCAUCCCUUCUACAGCUGCAGAAAUUGCCUUAAUCCUCUUGCCCUUCACGAUGAUCUCAUCUCCAAAAGUUAUCUGGUGAAAUCAGGGAAGGGUUAUAUGUUUGCUCAAGCUAUGAACGUGGUUUUGGGGAGAAGAGAAGACAGGAAGAUGUUGACAGGCGUUUACACAAUUGCUAAUAUUUAUUGUGGCAAGUGUGGUGAGGAAUUGGGUUGGCAAUAUUUACAAGCUCAUGAGUUUAAACAGAAAUUCAAAGAAGGGAGCUUCAUAAUCGAGAAAUUGAAGAUGAUUAAGGUGUACUAG